ACACACACAUACAGGGAGUAUAAAAGGGGCAUCCUUCCCACUCAACAGAGAAGUGCUCUCCUCACUCUCACACACUCGUCCAACGUACUAACCCUCUUUUCUCAAGAUGACUGCGGGCUUAUGUGUGUGUGUCGUGCUGGCAGUCUUGUGUACGAGCUGUUUGGGGCUCCCUUUCUCCUCCCAUGUCCUAGAGGAGGGCCAGCGCUCCAUUGCUGCUCCUUCUGAAGUUCUCCUCCAAGCCGACUCCCAGACCUUGGGGGAGACCCACCUUCAACACACCCGCUCUGUCCCCCAGCUGAAACCGCUUCCUCUGGCGGAGGAAGAUGCAGACUCUCGAGCCAACCUCAGUGAGCUGCUGGCAAGACUCAUCUCCUCUAGGAAAGGUUCUGUGCGCAGAAACUCAGCGGCAAACAGAGGCAACGCACUGAGCAGCAACCACCGGAUAGCAGACAGGGACUACUUGGGGUGGAUGGAUUUCGGCCGCCGCAGUGCAGAGGAGUACGAGUACUCCUCGUAAAGAGAGAUCACCCUUACGUACGGGCACAUGAGAAAAAGAAGUAAAAAAAAAAAUAAAUAAACCCACGCAAGCUGGCUCCUCUCUGUCUCACAAUAAGAGUCUAUUUAAGAUGUAUUUGUUGUACAUUUGUUUGUAAAACUGUAAUAAUGCAAUAUACAUAUGCCAAAUUUUGCAGAAAAGCUCUCACUGUCCAAGGAUUAUUCGUUUCUGGUUUUCUCUGGUUUCUUUGUCGUUUGGGGUGGGGAGGAUUGGGGUGUUGUCAGGGUCUGUUGAGAGUUACUGGACUGAAUAAAGAUUGAAAAUAUCA